CGAACCUUAAAAAUCACAGAACUUUUUCAUUUCCAUCUCUUGCUAAAUAACAGUCUCUCAAAACCCUUUCUUUCUCUAUCUAAACAAUCUUUUUCUCUCACUUCAUUUUGUGAACCCAAAUGACUCCCAAUCUUGUUAAUGGUACCACUAGGACCACUACUACUCUGGCCAAGGCUGCCAGCAUAUCGAGCCGAGCCUACGUUACAUUCUUGGCGGGUAACGGCGACUACGUGAAGGGUGUGGUUGGUCUGGCCAAGGGACUCAGGAAGGUCAAAACUGCCUACCCAUUAGUGGUGGCAGUUUUGCCUGAUGUCCCGGAGGAGCACCGCCGCAUACUGGUGUCUCAGGGCUGCAUCGUUCGGGAGAUUGAGCCGGUGUACCCGCCAGAGAAUAGUACCGAAUUUGCUAUGGCAUAUUAUGUCAUCAACUACUCCAAACUUCGCAUUUGGGAGUUUGUGGAGUACAGUAAAAUGAUAUACUUGGAUGGAGACAUACAAGUGUUUAAAAACAUUGACCACCUGUUUGACCUUCCAAAUGACUAUUUCUAUGCUGUGAUGGACUGCUUCUGUGAGAAAACAUGGAGUCAUUCCAAACAGUACGAGGUUGAGUACUGCCAACAGUGCCCUAACAAGGUCCAAUGGGCUUCAAAGUGGGGCCCAAAGCCUGCUCUCUACUUCAACGCUGGCUUUUUUGUGUAUGAGCCCAGCCUCUCCACUUCUGAUGACCUCUUGAACGCCCUCAAAGUUGCAGCUACUACCUCUUUUGCUGAGCAGGACUUCUUGAACAUGUUCUUUAGGGAUAAAUAUAGACCUAUCUCUUCCGAAUACAACCUUGUGUUGGCCAUGUUGUGGCGUCACCCUGAAAACAUUGACCUUGACAACGUGAAAGUUGUUCACUACUGUGCUGCUGGUUCAAAGCCAUGGAGCUACACUGGGGAAGAAGAGAACAUGGAAAGGGAAGACAUUAAAAUGCUAGUGAAGAAGUGGCGGGAUAUAUAUGAUGAUGAUACUUUGGAUUACAAUCCUAAUGGAACUGAAGCUGGUGGUGCUGUUGAAUUGAUGACGGCAUUGUCCAAAGCCCGCGGUGGUUUCCACCACCUUACGGCCCCAUCUGCAGCCUAAUUCAUUUUUGAAAAAAAUAAUUUUAAGUCGAAUUCGGCUUGAACCAAUAGGCACAGAUUCGACUAAAAAAGCAAACUCUUUAUUUGUAGGGUUUGUUUUUUGAAUUAAGGUGGUUAUUGUAAUUAGAAGAAUAAUGUCUUUUCAUAAUUUUUUUGGUUUUGAUAGGGUGGUGUUUUGUUGGGUAUGUCAAUUUUUUUUAGACAUAUCUUAUAUAUUAAGAAAUGAAAUAGUUAUGGAUUGUGAAUAGAAAUGUGAAAUUUUAUACUUUAA